AUGCCAUUGAGCUCUCAUCCUCUGCAACAAGCCUCUGCUUCUCCGCACUCUCCUCCUAUUUCAGCUCUCCAGGCAGCAGACGUCAAUCCUAACAUUAGUCUCCCUGUUUACCAUGAAGAGAAUUCGGACCAUCUGUUUUGCUUGGGGUCCACAGCUAACACGAUUUGGGCCCACUUCCAUCGCAUCUUCGAUGUUCCCCUCAUCUCCUCUCACACCAUUCAUAAAUGCAUCAUGUUUUGGGCCUCAAGGGCUUCCCUCUCGCCCUGCCUGAAGCUUUUUCUUGGUAUGACUCCCACGCUAAUUUGCUGGAAAUUAUGCCUCAGCCGGAACGCCGCCCGCUUCGACAGUAUUAGAAUGUCCGAUCAUCGGAUCAUCGCCCGGGUCUCCUCGUGGCUACAGGAAUUGGGCAGUCCUCUGCCAGCCAACGUUUCUUCCUCCCUCUCUGUUGCCUCUGACUCGGCAUCCCUUCUCCUUGGUCCCGGUCCAGCCGUGUCGCUUGCUCGUCCUCAGCUAGUAAUCUGGAGAAGACCAUGCUCGGGGUGGGUCAAUUUGAACGUUGACGGCUCGUCUCGAGGGAACCAAGGUGAGAGUGGUGGUGGGGGAGUCUGCAGGGACUCUCAUGGCCGAUUUCUUUUUGCAUUUCAUAGAUAUUAUGGAAAUGCAACGAACACGAUUACGGAGGCCCAGGUGAUGGUUGAUGGCAUCAUUCUUUGCAGUAAAUUGGGUUACUCUAACGUUGAAGUAGAAUCUGAUUCGAAGAUAGUUAUGGACAUUGUUGCCGCCCCCUCUGGGCAUUGCCUUUGGAAUAUUUGGUACAGAAUGGGGGCUAUCCACCAGUUUAACCGACCCCUUAACAUCUCUUUCAACCACAUAUUGCGCGAGGGAAACGUUGUGGCGGAUGCGCUUGCAAGAGCGGCUAGUGAAGGCUGCUCUAACUCCUUCUUUCGCCUUUCUUGGGACCUACCAAGGCAUAUCAGGGGCUCUCUGGUCCUUGAUAAGGCAGGUUUAGAGAAUCUCAGAGCUUGA